AUAUUCCCCCCCUUGGCCUUCCCGUUUGGUUUUCGUCGCAAAGAAGGGUUUUCAUUUUCGCUUUCGCUCUCUCUCACUGCUCUCACUUCGUUUCGUCACUACUCUCGUUCAUCAUCCAUGGCUGAGCACCGCGCCGCCUCCGACACUCGCCACCACCUCUCCGUCGCACCGCCAUUGCAGAUCUCCAAAGAUGUCCAAGGAUCUGACAUUCCCAUUCCGCUCUCACCACAGUGGCUUCUGCCAAAGCCUGGGGAGAGUAAAGCUGGAACAGGAUCUGUGGAGAACCACAUGGUCACAAAUCCACCUUAUGGCCAUCGUGCAGAGACUGUCAAGACAUCUGGAAAUGGAGAGGAUGUGCAUGAUGCUCACAAGAAAAAGGAUGUCUUUAGGCCAUCCAUGUUUGACUCAGAAAGUGGACGUCGUGACCGCUGGCGUGAUGAGGAGAGAGACACUAAGUCUUCCGUACGGAAGGAUCGUUGGAGGGAUGGGGACAAAGACCUAGGCGAUUCUCGCAGAGUGGAUCGAUGGACAGAUAAUAUGCCUGCAAGGAACUUUGUGGAACCACGCCGUGGUACUCCUGAUAAUCAUAGAUGGAAUGAUUCAGGAAACCGAGAAACUAACUUUGAUCAGCGGCGUGAGAGUAAGUGGAACACACGCUGGGGUCCUGAUGACAAGGAGCCAGAAGGCGUUCGGGAAAAAUGGAGUGACUCCGGAAAAGAUGGUGAUAUACAUUUGGAGAAAGGUUUGUCCCACAUUUCGAAUCAUGGAAAGGAUGAGAAGGAGGGAGAUCAUUAUCGGCCAUGGAGGCCUAACUACUCACAAAGCCGUGGAAGGGUAGACCCUUCCCAUACAACGCCAAACAAGCCAGUCUCUACAUUUUCCUAUGGGCGUGGCCGUGGGGAGAAUACACCCCCAGUGUCUAGUCUUGGACAUGGUCGGGCUGGUUCUUUUGGUAGCUCUUUGAGCAACACAUACCCUGGAACUGCAUUGGACAAAGUCGAAAGUGGGCAUGAAGAACCUUGCCCCUUUAGAUAUAAUAGGACAAAAUUGCUUGAUGUGUACAGAGUGACUGGUAUGGGUACAAAUAGAAAACUAGUUGAUGAUUUUGUGCAGGUACCUAAUCUUACUCAGGAUGAACCGUUGGAGCCUCUAGCUCUUUUGGCCCCUAAUUCUGAGGAACUGACUGUCUUUAAGGGUAUUGACAAAGGGGAGAUAAUUAGCAGCAGUGCACCUCAGGUGCCAAAAGAUGGAAGGAGCUCAACAGAUUUUACUCAUACAAGGCGAAUGAAGCCUGGAAGUGCACCUUUCCAAGAUAGAGGUGAAGAUGGAGGUUCUUACAAAAUACCUGAUGAGGUGUCCAGUAACAGAGAUUCAUCCUUCGAAGGAAAUAGUUCUGCUCAUCCUGGUGCUCCAUGGCGAACAAUGCCGUUGGUGGAACAUGCUACCACCCCGUUUCAUGAUAAUAGAGACGUAACUAGUGAAGUUAGAUUAAGAAAAACAGAUCUAAGCUCACACCAACCAAAAGAUCCUCAUAACCAGUGGGGAAAUAAUUUGGGUUAUUUAUCUGACUCCAAAGAAGUUGGAAAGUGGCAAGCUAGUGAGGAUCCUCUUAUUAAGAGGCAGUUAUCUGGCAUUUUGGACAGUGAACUUGAAGCCAGGAGAGUUCCACAGAUUGCCCCAGAGGAAUUAUCCCUUUUCUAUAAAGAUCCUAAGGGUUUAAUCCAAGGUCCAUUUAAAGGAAUUGAUAUUAUUGGAUGGUUUGAGGCUGGAUAUUUUGGUAUAGAUUUACCUGUUCGUCUGGAAAAUUCAGCGGCUGACUCACCAUGGUUGUCUCUUGGUGAUGUCAUGCCCCAUUUACGGGCUAAAGCCCGACCACCACCUGGGUUUUCUGCACCAAAACCGAAUGACUUUACAGAUAUUCCUGGCCGGCCAAUUCCCAGUACAUUUGGGAAUACUCUUGCUGGUUUGAAUGAGGUUGACAUAUUGAGAAAUGAUUCUAGGCUUAGACAGAAUUCUGAUACCGAAGCUGAAAAUAGGUUUCUGGAGUCACUCAUGUCUGGUAACAAGAACAGUCCUCCCCUUGACAGCCUGACAUUUUCAGAAGGUUUACAAGGGUUUGUUGGAAAUAAUCCUGGUAGUAUGGGCCAAUCAGGAGUUGAUAGUGGAAAUAAUCUUUACUUGCUUGCUAAGAGGAUGGCUCUUGAACGACAGAGGUCCUUACCCAAUCCUUACCCAUAUUGGCCAGGGCAUGAACCAACUUCCUUUGCUCCAAAAUCGGAUGGUGUCCCAGAUGCAUCAUUGCAUUCAAAACUGUUGUCGUCUGUGAGUGAUAACUCCCGUCAACCUCAGUCCCAAAAUUCUGAGUUAAUGUCAAUCAUCCAAGGAUUGUCCGAAAGGGCAUCUGCAGGCUUAAAUAAUGGUGCUCCUGGAUGGCCAAAUUAUCCCUUACAAGGUGCAUUGGAUCCCCUACAGAAUAAAAUUGACUUACUUCAUGAUCAGAAUUUUCCUCAAAUGCCGUUUGGAAUUCAACAACAAAGGCUACCAACACAAAACCAAUUGUCUUUAAGCAAUUUACUGGCUCAAGCUGCUGAUAAUCCAUCUAACGCUUUGACAGCGGAGAAGCUUCUUUCUUCAGGAUUAACACAAGAUCCACAAAUUUUAAAUAUGUUGCAACAGCAAUAUUUGUUGCAACUGCAUUCUCAAGCAGCUGCUCAAGCACAGAUUGAUAAACUCCUGUUGCUGAAACAGCAACAGAAGCAGGAGGAGCAGCAGCAGCUACUGCGACAACAGCAACAACUGCUUUCUCAAGUGUUGCAAGAUCAACAGACUAGCCAGCUUUUUAGCAAUUCAUCUUAUGGACAGUUGCAAGGUGGAUUAACCAUGGGGAAUUUGCGUGUGGAUCCUUCUCAAAUUCAAUCAAAACAAGAGAUCUAUCCCAUGAGCUCUCAGGCACCAAUUCCUGGUAUGCAUAAUGAGCAUAGUUCUAAUUCUUUGAAUUUACCUCUGAAAGUUAGUCAAGACACGAGUUCUAACGUAAGCAGUGAAGCUUCUAUACAUCUGCCACACCAAUUAUUUGGUGAAACUGGUCGUCCAGAAAGUUGGGGCCCUAAUCUUACUGAACAAGUGAAUGAACAGUAUCAGAAGGAAAUGCUCCCCACAUCAACUGUUGUUGAGAGUUCUUCAUUGCUUGAUCAGAACAGAUCCAAAGAGGAACAACACAUUGUGCUGAAACCUCUCUCUGUUUCUGACUACACUGCUAAGUCAGUGGAGCAGGUACCACCCAGCAAUUUUAGGCCUGUUGGUGAUGUCAUGACCUCAACUUCUAAGUCAGGUGAGGAUUCUGGACAUAUAGAGGUUGUUGCACCUGCUGUUGCCUUGUCUUCAGCUGGAUCUAUUGGAGUUGAGUUACCACCAGCAAGUGAUCAUGGUAUGGAGGUGAAAAUCAAAUCAGAUAAUGUGCAUCAAGAGCAGCAUGCUGGAAGAGACAGCUCGAUAUCCGAGCUAUCUGUGGGAGAUGUACGAAAUGUUGAAGCUCAUGAACCCAAAAAGGCUUCUGAGAAGAAAUCUAAGAAGCAAAAAUCAACCAAAUCUCAGUCUUCAGAUCAAUCUAAGGGAGUGCUUAAAACUGUGAUUUUGCAGCCAUCGAAGCAGUCAGAAGCUGAAAUACCAAAUUUAAAUGAGUUGGGGGAAGUCAACAGGGGCGAAUCAGUAUAUGAAACAAAUAUUCAACAGACAAGAGUUAAGGGAACUCAGGUUGGAGGUGCUAUCCUAGAGGCAGGUGAUCACCAACAAGCUAGUGGCUUGCCUGCUGUUGUUACUGAAAUCAUCUCUGAAACAGUUGAUGUGGGUGAGGUGGCCAAGGCAGUUAGUUCUGCUUCGACACAGAAAACUGAAGUAUCUGCAGGACGAGCUUGGAAACCUGCUCCAGGUGUCAAACCAAAGUCUUUCUUAGAAAUUCAACAAGAAGAACAGAGAAAGGCCAAGACAGAAAUGCUUGUAUCUGAUAUUUCUGCUUCUGUCAAUUCGAUGAGUCUGGUAACACCCUGGGCUGGGGUUGUGGCCAAUCCAGACUCUGUGAAUGCAUCUAGUGAAAGUCACCGAGAAGCAGGCAAUACAGAAUAUCCUGUUAAAUCUGAAACUUCUCAAAAUCCCAAGAGCAAGAAAAGUCCACUACAUGAUCUGUUAGCAGAAGAAGUUCUAAAGAAAUCUAAUGAAAUAGAUGCUGAGGUUCCAGAUAGUAUAUUGCCCUCACAUGUUGUAGCUGUGCAUUCAGAACCACUGGAUGAUGGCAAUUUUAUCGAGGCAAAAGAUACUAAAAGAAGCCGAAAAAAGUCUGGAAAAUCAAAGGGUUCGGGAACUAAAGCUUCAUUGCCCAUUGCGUCUUCUGAGAUUCCUAUUGCCUCUAGCCCCAUUGAGAAGGGUAAAAACUCCCGUUUGGCACAACAGGAGAAAGAAGAAUUGCCUGCUAUCCCUGUAGGACCUUCUCUUGGAGAUUUUGUUCUUUGGAAAGGAGAGCGUGAACCACCAAAUCCAACUCCUUCUCCAGCCUGGUCCACUGAUUCUGGUAGGGUUCCAAAACCAACUUCAUUAAGGGAUAUUCUGAAGGAGCAGCAGAGAAGAACUUCUGCGAUUCCUGUGAGCCCAAUGCCUCCCGCUCAGAAAUCUCAGCCUACCAGUACCCAGUCUACAAGAAGUAGUGCUUCUUCAUGGUCAAUUUCAGCAUCCUCUCCUUCUAAAGCCGCCUCUCCAAUUCAGAUAAAUUCCCAAGCUUCACAAUCAAAAUACAAAGGGGACGAUGACUUGUUUUGGGGUCCAAUAGAGCAAUCUAAGCAAGAUACUAAGCACAGGUCAGAUUUCCCUCAGCUUGUGAGCCAAGGUGGCUGGAGUUCGAAAAAUGUACCCAUGAAAGGUAAUUCUCCCGGAUUAUUGACACGGCAAAAAUCAGCGAGUGGCAAACCAACUGAACGAUCUAUAGCAUCAUCGCCUGCCUCUUCUCAAUCAGUGCUGAAAUUGAAAAAAGAUGCCAUGACAAGGCAUUCUGAGGCUACGGACUUCAGAGAUUGGUGUGAGAAUGAGUGUGUUAGGCUUAUUGGGACAAAUGAUACAAGUUUCCUUGAAUUUUGCUUGAAGCAAUCCAGAUCAGAAGCUGAGAUGCUUCUUAUAGAAAACCUUGGAUCAUAUGAUCCAGAUCAUGAAUUCAUUGAUAAAUUCCUCAAUUACAAGGAGUUGUUACCAUCAGAUGUUUUGGACAUAGCUUUUCAGAGUAGGAAUGAUAAGAAAGUUGGUGGACAUGGUGCGGCAGGCACAGCUUCUGCUAAUGCGGACAUGCAGGAUGCAGACUACACUGAAGGAUCCUCUAAAGGAGGUGGAAAGAAGAAAGGUAAAAAGGGGAAAAAGGUCAGCCCUUCAGUUUUGGGAUUUAACGUUGUGAGUAACCGGAUCAUGAUGGGUGAGAUCCAGUCUGUAGAAGAUUAAUGAAGGUUGUCUUGGUAGAUGUAAAUACAUUUUGGUCGGACUUUGUAAAUGGUUUUCCCCCGUUUUAGGUGUUUUAUGUUCUUUUAUACAGAAACACUAGCAGCAUUUAUUGGAUCUGCUUAACCAAUUUUGUUGUCUAAUGUAGUUGUUUUGACGUUUGAUCUCGUUGACAAUGGUAUAAUCUGCCAAUCUUACCGUAAUUUAAUUCGUUUUUCAUCAUA